UGAAUGGAUGAAUGUUAGCUGAAUUAAAGUUAGUGGAACUAAAUUUUGUCUAAGUGAAUUGGUCUACUAAUGGUAUUAAAAGUUACGAGAAGAUGCUCGUAAAUGCAACCUGAUGCUACUAAAGUGUAACUAAUAAAGUGGCGAGUGGGUGGAUGUAAUUUUAAAUCUCUCUGUUGUGAUUAUUAAUGUGUAACUAAUAUGUAAUUGUAACUAAUAUGCUGGAAGGCCUGACUGAGCUGCUACAGGGUGUCCUAUCCAAGGUGAAACAAGAAUUUAGCUACGACGCCAACAGAACGUCUACAAAUGAUCCACCUUGUCAUUUAAAUAUGUUUGGCAUGUGCACACUGCGAGAACUGAUUAUCUUGGCUUUGCUGGCCAACAUCAUGCUGAUGCUGUACUGCUUCUCACAUCUGGCCAAAGUUGAUUUAAGGGUCCUCGGUGAACGCGCAUGCGCUCUGGGCAUGUCAAAACUACACAAGGGAAAUGUGACAAAACCCUCUCGAAGCACACGCGCCGACCAAACAGAGUGCUCCCCUGUAACAAACAUCAUGUUUAUGAAGACUCAUAAAACUGCCGGCAGCACAAUUCAAAACAUCCUCUUUCGAUUUGGUGAGAAACACAAACUCAAGUUUGCCUUCCCCGACGGACGCAACGACUUCUUCUACCCAUCACCUUUCUUGCUCUCCCAGGUAAAAGACUAUAAACCUGGAGAUUGCUUCAACAUUGUUUGUAACCACAUGCGCUUUGAUCCCAAAGAGGUCACCAAGCUCCUGCCUCCAGAUGCUGUCUACGUAACCAUCUUACGUGACCCCGGUGACCUGUUUGAGUCAUCCUUCCAUUAUUAUCACAAUGCGGUUCCCCUCACAUGGAAAAUGACCAGCGAUGAUAAGCUAGCAGAAUUUCUGAACCAUCCUCAGACCUACUACAACCCAGAGGCCUUCAACUCCUUCUACCUUAGGAACCUGCUCUUCUUCGAUUUGGGUUUUGACAACAACCUCGAGGCGGACGAUCCUCACGUAAUGAGAAUAAUCCGUAACUUAUCGACAUGCUUCCAUCUCAUCCUCAUUGCGGAAUAUUUUGAGGAGUCUCUCAUCCUGCUGAAGGAUCUGCUGUGUUGGACGAUGGAGGACGUGUUGUUUUUUAAACUCAACGCUCGCAGGAGCUCGUCUGUGACUCGACUGAGCCCAGAGCUGAGGGCUAAAGCCUUGGAGUGGAACAGGGCCGACUGGAAGCUCUACCAGCAUUUUAAUGCAACUUUCUGGGCCCGAGUGGAGGCGUACGGGAAGGACAAAAUGCAACAGGACGUGGGUGAACUGAGGAGAAGGAACGCCGAGAUGAGAGCCAUCUGCAUCGAGGGUGGAGAUGCAGUUGAGGUGGGAAUGAUUCGGGACAGGCAGUUUCUUCCCUGGCAGCCAGUGGGAGAGUCAUCCAUCCUCGGUUACAACAUAAAGGAGGAUGUUGAUCCCAAAUUCAGGACACUUUGUCAGAAAAUGCUCAUGCCUGAAAUACAGUACUUAUCAGAGCUAGGAGUUAGCCUGUGGCUAACGAGAUUGUGGGGCUGGCUAAAAGAUGCCAUUUACUGAGUGUAGAAUUUAAAACUGUGAUUAAACACGUUUAAAAAUCUUGCAGUAUUACAUUUUGUUCAUGAAUGAACAUUGUGUGAAUGAAUGCUGCUCACAGAUUAAAUGUUUUCUUCAUGCAUUAAAAUGAACCUUUGUCAAGUAGAAAUGUGGUGAACGCAUACAUUUUCUAACAUUAGGGUGACCAAAUGUCCUGUUA